UCAACGGCCACUGCUGUCGCUGUUGACGUUGGAAAAGCGAAGGUGAUCUUGGCACCGAUAUGUCAUCUUUGAUACCACAUUACACUUUUACGCUAAAAAGCUUGGCUUAAACAAACAUGGCGGGUGAUGCUGAUCAAACAGUGUCAAUUGGUCGCCCCCAGCCCACAGAACCAAACUGCAGGAUCUUGCUCUGUUCUGUUCCCGAGUCUGUAUUUCUAGUGUUCAUCGCCGGGCAUUCUCCGAUCAAACGAAACACAGAAAAAUGCAUUAGAGAAGGACAGCAACACGUGUUCGGCAAGACAGACAGGCACGGACAAAUUAUCCACUGGAUGGGAUACGGAGAUGGAAAAUGAUGGGUUCCGCAGCCGGCAACAUGGCUGCUCGUACUGCUGCCAUUUUGACCAAGCCGUCGCACCCGCAUUAUCCGAACUCUCAUUUGUUUUUGAUGGACCAUCUGAUUUCUUGCGGGUUGAGACCAAGACCGUGACAUCUCCGCGCCGGCGCCGGAUCUAUGUACGAGCCCGCAGGUUUUUCCCUGAUACUUACGUCGUUCACCUUGACCACCCUCGGCCGAACGAACACGAGCCUCGGAUGGGUUCGACCUCUCAUUUUUCUCGCCCUGACGGGACAUGCAACAUGCUUGCAUCAUACAACACAACUUCGGGCUUCACCCACGGGAACUGUUCAUGGUAGCUAUAUGUCAUAAGGUAGCAUCUUUCCAAAGUUCCGGCUUCGGUUUGACAGGCGGCCAACAGGUGGAAGAAAAGGACAAGAAAAAAGGAUGACAUGGCACGAAAACAACAACAACAACAACACGAGGGCACCGGAACACAUGCCGAUUCCCUGCAGGUCAAGAUCUUUCUAGUAAGAACUAGUAGAACUGUUUACUGUUGGCUUCAACGGUCCCCAGUUGGAAAAGGCCCAAGUCAAGUCAUGAGAUGCCAAGAGCCACUGUGCACACCCACGCAGGACAUCACAUACGUCAAGCCACGAUUUGCUGCACAAAAGUUGUACACUCUCCUCCCCUCCUUUUUGGCAGGACAGCUCUGCCUAAUGCGGGUGCAGAUAAGGCUGUGCACUUUAUUUCGAGCGUGCACAGCACAUUGCACAUCACACACGUCUGAGCUUCCCAUUGGCUGCUCAGGGCGGUCAAGCCACUAUGUACAUGUUUGAAGGGCAGCUUAAUCAUCGGACGGCCGGAGGGGUAAGAAUGCGCAGUAGCUACCCGCACCGCAGCACAGCACAGCACAAAGAGGGAUGGAGUAAAAAUAUCUUUCUUCUUCUUCUCUUGUUGGAUGGAUUCGAAGCAGUUGACGUCUUUUCUACAUGCUGCGAUAAACCGGGACCUGCGGCACGGCCAGAGCCUCCACAAUAUCACGGCACUUGUGGUGAUAACCUCUCGUGGGUCAGAUCGCGAAUCGUGAUCGCAGCCAAAGGUCCACUUCGGAGCCACCAGAAUUCUGCAAUACCAGUGAUGGCGUUUUUCGCUCUUUGCCGGUUGCCCCGUGGCCGGCGGUCGGUCAUCUCUUGGCCGGCUUUGCAGUGGAGAAAUUGACCAGAGGUGAUGCUUGCAAAGAAGGGUCUCGCCCCGUCGACGUCGACUGCGAGAGGGGGUGGUGGGUGAGGAGUCUGUUUCUGGUGAGGGGAGUGAGGGGAAAAGCAUGCUUUAGUCUCCCAAAACGGCGUAUGGGCCGUGAGACAAGUCUUUGAAGGGCUUGCCCGUUGUACAACAGCCACAGGGACAGCAACAGAUGAUCAUCAACCUCAUGAUGAGGGAAACAGGCGGUUGGCGUCAGUUGCUGCGGUCAUCCCGGCCGCCUACUAUAGUUACCUGUCCCUCAUCAGGGGAAAAGAAACAAAUCCUCAGUGAUAAGAGGGAAGGCAUCGAAACACCAUCCUGUCUCGCUUCCGACACUGAUGCCCCUUGCCCCGACAGCAGAAUCUAUGAUAGCAACAAAGGAGAAGGGCAGGUAGCCAGCGAAUGGCAAUGUCCGGGCUGGCUCCAGAGUCCAGAACGUGGGGGACAGAGUACCCAAUCAGGACGAGGAGCAGAAACAGCUUCAGUGAUAAAGAGCGGGAAGGAGAUGGUCGGCCAUGGUCGUGGUCCAUUCUUCGGGAACCAGAGGCGUGGACGUGAUUUCAUCUCUCUUCUAAAGGGAAAAGUAAACUGCAACUGCAAGCACGCACCAAGCCUCGAGGUCUCCGCCGACACUCGCUAACCCCUGUCUUUGUCGGUGGCCAACCAGAGGCUCGGAACUGACCAGGACUGGAGGGAACCCAUCCCCCGCCCUCCCUUGUAUCUUGUACCUUUUGUACUCCCUCAUGUACCCAGCCUCAUGUCACCAUCCCAAUCCCAAUGUACCUCCGUCCCAGAAGUGAAGUCGCUGGGCCCCUGCCCCAUGCCCUCCUGCCCCUGUCAACCCUCCCCUUGUUCCCCUGCAAAUUCGUGAACUGACCACAGCCUCUCUGACUGGGCACUGGGGCCCUACUGGGAGAUCGAUGCCUCCACCACCUCUGGGCCUGCAAGAUGUGAAUGGGGGGUAUUUAGAAUCCUCAUCCCCCCGCCCAAACCUUUCCACUGGCGCACCUCAUCCCGUGUCAAACACCAAAUCCAUAUCCCCGGAUCCAAACAAGUCCACCGCCUCGGGCAGUCUCCGACAAGGACUUACACACUCGUUCCACUGCGGCUUUGGUGUAUAAUUACAAUAGCUUGGAAAGAACAGCAGAACAGCAGAGUUUUUGGAAAGAGAGAAGAUCAACACAACCCGAUCAGCAACAACACGGCACAGUCCCACACCUGAGCAGGCACAACUGAGCCCAGCAUCUUCUUCCUUCACAGGCAUCAAAUGGCGGCAACUGGCCACCGUGAGGCCGACGACUACAACAUGAGCUACCCAGAACCCCCUCACUUCUCAUCCGCGCCCAUGGACCUGGGACUUUCCCCGGAGCCCUACAGCGCCUACUCCAGGUCAUCACACGAGUUCCCGACGACAAUUGGCUAUGAGCACGGAGCCAUCUACACCGCCGACACACCAUACCUCUACAACCAUAACGGUAACCACGAGAGGUCAUCACCUGGCAUGUACCCAGACGACAGCGAUCUGAGAGGACCAGCUUCGGAUCUGAGCAUCGCCAGCGCCUCAUCCUCCAACGCGGGCUCCCCAAAUUCGAGCCACGGCCAAAUGGCGCCGAUCCCUGAGUGGGCUACGGGCCCCCACGGACUUGGGGUUACCCCGGGCAUCGUCGACGCAAGCGACUUUCACCUCCCCGGCAGCGAAUAUUCAUACGCGCCCGGUGUCUAUGGUGAUGAGUACAGCACAGCUUUCGAAUAUCCCAGCGGGAAAACACCAGGCUUUGUUGAUCCUAUCUUGAUUCACCCAGACGCGAGACCAAUGACCAUGUCUGGCUUUGAGCAGCAGCCAUAUUCGGCCCAGCCCAACUCCGCAUAUCCUGCCUCUCCUGCUCUGUCUGCCUCCCCACAACUGCGAAACGGCAGCACUUCGCCCUUCAUGCACAACAACUACCAGUACUCGCCAUACCCGCCACCAAUGGAGGCCCAAAGGAGACCAAGCCUUGUUUCUUUCCACUCCAACUACUCCGGCGAGCAGCAAUACAGCGGCGAUGAGUUCAAGGAGAAGCAGAGGUGCCCACAUCCCGAGUGCGGCAAGGUGUUCAAGGACCUCAAGGCGCACAUGCUCACUCACCAAGAGGAGCGCCCCGAGAAGUGCCCCAUCACAACAUGCGAGUAUCACGUGAAGGGGUUUGCGAGAAAAUACGACAAGAACAGACAUACCCUUACACAUUACAAGGGCACCAUGGUCUGCGGUUUCUGCCCGGGGUCUGGCUCCGCGGCCGAGAAGUCGUUCAACCGUGCCGAUGUGUUCAAGCGCCACUUGACUGCUGUGCACGGUGUCGAGCAAACACCGCCCAACAGCCGGAAGAAGGCUGCCGCUGGAAACAACGGGACCAAGAAGUUGACUGGCUACGCCCCUGAUGCGACUGGCAAGUGCUCCACUUGCUCGUCAACCUUCAGCAACGCCCAGGACUUCUACGAGCAUCUUGACGACUGUGUGCUCCGCAUUGUCCAGCAAGAGGACCCAGCAGAGGCCAUCAACGCCCAGCGGUUGGCCGAGGUGGAAAACGAUCGCGACGUACACAACACCCUGGAGAAGAACAACCUCCCAACAACCACCAUGACACUUCAAGAUGGCGAGGACGAGGAUGAGAACAUGGAUGACGGCGAUGAUGAUGAACUCAGGGCUCGCGGCCUCAAGGGCUCGCCCACCAAGAGGAAGGGUGGAAACCCACAAAACGGCGUGCAAAAGUCCCGCGGGCUUACACACUCGCGCGGCGGUGUCACGCUCCCCACCAAGACCCGGGGUCGCAAGAACAGGCGCGACUAUCCUUCCUCAUGGGGCUUCGACAAGGGUCAGAUGACAAUGAAGAAGCGCGUCAUGGCGGUAUUCGACGGCCCCCGCCGCCUGGCCAAGGACGACAUGAUGCUCUCGACCGAGCAAGAAGUCCGCAUCAAGCUCUCCGACGGCAAGUCCUACGUCACCGACCUCGACAUGCAAACGCUCAAGCGUGCCGACGGCUUCCUCAACGCGACCGAGGAGGAGAAGGGUCCCUGGGUCUCGGACGACCCGACCGAGGAGCAGCUCAAGCAGAUGCUUACCUACACCGCCCCGGAACCAACAACCACCGCUGCUGCCGCCGCCGCUCAGUAAAUACCAUGACUGUUUCACUCGCUCUUCUUUCACUUGAUGUUUAUACUGCAACAACUACCAAACUAAUCAUCACCAUCACACAUCGUCACAUUUACUUUUUGGGCUUGUUGGUUAUAGAGGGGUUAUAUUACCUCUGGGGGAUCUACAGAGAGUUUGUAAAAAUACACGCGGCGUUUUUUCUAGGGGGGCUGGUUUUAUAUCCCAUGGGAUUGAUUGGAUUUGGCUGGGAACAUUAUGGCAUUCAUGGGGCCUUUUUUUUCUUCUUUUUUUUUCUACUCUGUGACAUUAUUUUUUCUUUUUCUUUGUUUUUUUUUAUGCUGUCGCCCUGGAAAUUUGGGAGAAUAAGGAAUGGUAGGGCCUUAAUGACUGCAAUGAAAUACCAAAUGGGGUUUUUUUUUUUUGGGGGAAGGGGAAGGGAAUGGGGCUAUAAGGAACUCCAAAAAAUUAUUCUUAUCAUUACUACGAGACCUAAGUAAGAGUGGGAAGAAGAGGAAGGGGGAGCAAACACUACCUACCCAGGGACUUGGGGGGAUUUUCUUAGCUCUUGUUUAGUAUUACUACUACAACAACAACGAUACCCAUAUUGUUCUCAACACUUUUUCUUGCGAUUUGCUAUUUGAUGUUUGUGUGUAGAAGAACAAAGUUAGUUGCUUAUAUAGUAGUUAUUGGUAUGGUUUAUUUUUUACUAAUAGGCUCGCCGUCGCUCUUGUUAAGCUGUGGGAUAUGGAAGAGUGGUUUGU